UGAUGGAAGCCUUCAGUUUCAAAAAUGUCAAUCUAAUCUGUUUCAAUCUCCUUCUCCUUACUCUCUUGAUCUUCCACAGCAAUCUGACAGCCAGUUCCACACAGUUGAUGUCAGACCCAAUACAAGAUGCUGUGUGUGCAAUAAUAAAUUGUGGCCAAGGAACAUGCAUACCCUCCACUGCUUCAAUCAUUGGUUUUGAUUGUGAGUGUAAUCCUGGUUGGAAGAAAAUUCAGAUUGGUCCUUUGACCUUCCCCUCUUGUGUUGUUCCUAACUGCACACUUGAUUUCCAAUGUGGUAAUGCAUCUCCAGCGCCUCCGCCACCGCUAGUUCCUCCUGUUCUCCCAUCUCUUCCGAACCUGACUAACCCUUGUGCCCUAGUUUGGUGCGGUGACGGAACGUGCAUGGCCAAUGGAGCUGGAUACACAUGCAAUUGCAAUGAAGGAUCGUCAAAUUUGAUGAAUUUAACGGGCUUAGCUUGUUUCAAGCCAUGCUACUUUGGAGCAGAUUGCAAUGAUCUGUCGUUGGGCUCCCCACCUACUUCUUCUAGCUCGUCAAGAAAUGACAUAGACCAUGGGGGAUCUAGUGGAGUGCCAAAUUGCUUAAGGAGUCUCCAUACACUAUCCACAAUAAUGUUAGCUGUAAUCUUUAUAACUUGGAUCUAAGCGGCAAACAAAGAAGAGCGAUCAGGACAAUGAACGCAUGUGCAAUGAUCAUAGUGAUAACAAUAAUUGUAUCAGUAGAUCCAGCCAUGAUAUACUCUUUUUAGCGUCUAUACAAAAAUCAUUCUCUUUCUCUUGUCUUCUUGAUGA